UCAAUUCUUGGAGUUAACUCAAGGCAACCGGAAAGUCAGGGAGUAUGAGGCAGAGUUUACAAAGCUAAGGAAAUAUUCUCCUUAUGGAGCAAGGAAUGAAGGUGCACUAAUUCGAAGGUUUAUAAGAGGAUUGCGAGUGGAUUUUGCUAGCCGACUGCAAGUAGUGAAGUUUCAUAGCCUUUAUGAAUUGGCGGAGAUAGCGGUAAAUGUUGAAGAAGGUAUGGAGAAGGAGCAAGCCAUGAUGAAGCAUGCAGAGCCAUCUCGCAGAACUGAAGGGCUAGGAGUACGAUGAAUGAAUCAUAAAGGACAAUUUAAUCGAGGGAGAGGCCGAGGAAGAAGGAAUGACAUACGGUUUACGAAUGGCCCAGAUGUGUGUUACACUUGUGGUGGUAUAGGACAUUUUUCUAGCAGUUUUCCCUAUACUCAGGGAAGAAAAGCCCCUGAUUAUAUUACUUGCUUCUCGUGUGGUGAGAAAGGGCAUUAUGCCAACAGUUGUCCCCAUAAGAGACAAGUUACGCUUCCAGCACCACCCACUAGACUAGCGAUUGAACCAGCCCCGAAGCGCCAGGCAGUUGGAAAGCAAGUGAAUGCUUUAGAGUUAGAAAAACCCGAACCACAACAGCCCCAUCAGGGACCGAUCACAGGAACAUUGUGUGUUGGUGGAGUUUAUGUGCAUGUUCUCUUCGACUCGGGUGCCACACAUAGCUUUGUGAUACCCGAGGUAGUGUCGAGUUUUAAGGGAACCUUUACUAGAGUAAAGGUAGGUGUUUCAGUUAGAACCCCUGGGAACCAUAACCUUCGUGCCGAUAGUUGUGUACUUGGGAUUCCAAUCUAUGUGGGAUCAACGGUAUAUCCGGCAGACCUGCUAGUUGUUCCUUUAGGACAACACGUGAUUUUGGGCAUGGACUGGCUGUCGAGAUACUACGCACAGUUGGAUUGUGGUCGAGGAAGAAUUACACUUGAAGAAAGCGGACAACCAUCAACGACAUACUAUGGAAUAUGUCCAAGUGCUGGAGUGUCACUUGUAUCUGCCUUAAGAGUUGAGAAAGAUUUGAUCGAGGGCGAGGUAUAUCUUGUAACUCUAACUACCCUUGGAGGAGAAUUGAAUGAAAGGACAAAGUUGGAAGAGAUAGCAGUAGUAAAAGAAUACCAGGAUGUAUUCCAGCCAUUGGAAGGAUUGCCUCCACCACGAAGUGAUCCUUUCACCAUUACAUUAGAGCCGGGAGCAGCCCCAAUAGCUAAGGCACCUUAUCAAAUGGCUCCAGCUGAGCUUGCUGAAUUAAAGAAGCAGUUGGAAGAUUUGAUAGAAAAAGGAUUUACCAGACCGAGUUCUUCACCAUAGGGAGCACCAGUCUUAUUUGUAAAAAAGAAAGACGGUACCAUUAGGUUAUGCAUCGAUUAUAGAGGGAUUAACAAUGUUACAGUAAAGGACAAGUAUCCCUUGCC